CGCAGCUGCCGCGCCUGCCGGAGGCUGGAUCCCUGCCACGUGAGAUGUUGCCACGUCAGCAGGUGACACAUCGACCUCCACGUCAGCAGCCGCCACGUCAUCAAACAGCCCCAGCAGUUGCCACGUCAGCGACCUCCACGUCAGCAGCCGCCACAUCAGCGGCUGCCACGUCAGCAGGUGACACAACAGCUGCCACGUUAGCAGGUGCUGGGCCUGCUGGCGAAGAGGGGAGAGGUGGGAUUGCUGAUCAGCCUGAGGAACCAUGUGGUGGAGAGGGUGUGGAGGGAUUGGAUGAGGGGACGAGGGGUGUUGUGACAGGAGGAUCUGACGGUGGAGGGAGGCCUGGGUCGUCGCAGGCUGUCAUGCAGGCGGCCCGCACACGCAGGCCAGGGAGGCAGAUGGGCAUCAAGAGGUUCACGAAGAACCCAAGGCAGGAGGAGAUUGAUGACUCCUGCUGCGAGUUCUUCGUGGAGAACGCCAUCCCGUUCAACGCCGCCAAGAGCAGGAGCUUCAAGAAGUUCACGCUGGCGUGUUACGGACCACAACCUGCCGCGAGCCACCCUCUUGUGCCCACUGGGUACAACCCUCUCAGGUGUCGGUUGCUGCAUCGCCUCAACAACAGGUUGCAGGAGGAGGAGCAGGCGAUCCGUGACGACUGGCAAGUCACAGGCUGCACGUUCAUAACCGAUGGGACCACAGACAUUUGUGGUCGAUCGCUUAUGAACUACAUCCUCGCAGGCCAGUCGAAGCCUAUUUUCAUCAAGUGCGAGGAUGUUAGCGAUGAGGACAAGGACUCCGCAGCCGUCGUUGCUAGAUGGAAGCGGUUCUUCAGGGAGUGGGGGGUGGAGAAGAUCACGGCUGUCUGCACGGACUCUUUUGCGGACAACACGAGUGCUGCGAGGAUGCUGAGGGAGGACCCUGAGUUCAGCCAGAUAUACUGGAUCCCUUGCACCGCUCACUGUAUGGACCUCCUCAUGCACGACCUUUGCAAGAAGGAGUGGGCGACCGAGAUCAUCAGCAAGGCGAACAAAGUGGUCAACUUCUUCCGGAUUCACAGGUGGCCCAGAUCAACGCUGAGAAUGACACUUGUGAAGUUCCCGGACUUGAAAUGCAGCUGCCUCCUCCGACCGGAGGCGAUGAGGUUUGGGACGCACUACGUGAUGCUGCAGUGGCUGGAGGUCUGCGAGAAGGCCAUUAAACGGAUUGUCACCGGGCAGGAGUGGGAGGCGCUGCUGUGGCGUGGGGACAUCAGGGGCAAGGCGUCGUUCGUGGAGGAGGCAGUUCUUGACAGGGCCUUCUGGGCUGACGUCAAGAAGCUGACUGCAGUCAUGAAGGGGCCCUAUAACGUGUUGCGCGAGGUGGACAAAGAUGUCCACUGCUUGUCGCGCAUUUACGAUAUGGCCUGUCGACUGCCCGACUUUGUCCGAUCGGGCCCCCUUACCGCAGAGCAGCGAGAUGACAUGCUGAGGGACGUCGGGAACAGGACAGACAUGCUGCUCAGCCCCAUCCACGCUGUUGCUCGCCUGUUGGAUCCUCAGUUGAGGGACAUUACUACGAAGUGCAGGAACAAGUUGCACCACCAGCGCACCAACAAAUUGGUGUCCUCACACUGGAGCUUGAGGCUCAAGAGCAAGGGGGAUGAGGGGCCCACGAUAGCAGGAGGGUGGUUGGGGCUCUCAGUUGACUGGGAGGACGAGGACUUGGGGGGUGAUUUGGCGAAUGUCGUCGAGGCCGUUGAUGACUACGAGCCUGCUGUUGGGGGCGCCAGUUCUGCGGUGGGCAGCACUACUGUUCGCCACGAUGUAGCUGGGCCAUCGACAUCGAGGUCCAUGCAGAGAUCAGCGCAUGCGGAGGAGGUCGAGGAGGAGGAGGAGGAGGAGCAGGAGGAGGAGGAGGAGGAGGAGGAGGAGGACGAGGAGGAGGAUGACAUUCCCGGCGAGGAGUGGGUGGAUGAGAGGUCGGACUCCGACAAGUCUUGGACGAGGAGAGACGACGCCCCGUGUGCAGGAGCAGUAGGUGGAGGAGCACGAGGAGAACGAGCAAGGGGAGGAGCAGGGGGGGGAGGAGCAGGGGAGGAGCAGGGGGAGGAGCAUGGGGAGGAGGAUGGGGAGGAGGAGCAGGGGGAGGAGGAGCAGCGGUUGGAGGAGCACGAGGAGGGCAUGCAGUAGGGAGAAGAGCGCAAUGUGGAGGGUCAGGGGCAAGAGCAGCAG